CGGCUCCAGCUCCGCCGCCAGCUCCGGCCUUUGCUCCCCCUCCCAGAGUCCCCUCCCCGGAGCGGAGCGCACCUAGGGUCCCUCUCCCUUUCCCCCAGCCCAGCCUCCCGUUCAGACCAGCAGCCUCGGGGGGCAGCCCCCCGCCAGCCUGCCUCCCUCCCACUCAGCCCUGCCAGGGCCCCCCAGCCAUGAAUCUCUUCCGAUUCCUGGGAGACCUCUCCCACCUCCUCGCCAUCAUCUUGCUACUGCUCAAAAUCUGGAAGUCCCGCUCGUGUGCCGGAAUUUCAGGGAAGAGCCAGGUCCUGUUUGCUGUGGUGUUCACUGCCCGAUAUCUGGACCUCUUCACCAACUACAUCUCACUCUACAACACGUGUAUGAAGGUGGUCUACAUAGCCUGCUCCUUCACCACGGUCUGGUUGAUUUAUAGCAAGUUCAAAGCCACUUACGAUGGGAACCAUGACACAUUCAGAGUGGAGUUCCUGGUCGUUCCCACAGCCAUUCUGGCAUUCCUGGUCAAUCAUGACUUCACCCCUCUGGAGAUCCUCUGGACCUUCUCCAUCUACCUGGAGUCGGUGGCCAUCUUGCCGCAGCUGUUCAUGGUGAGCAAGACUGGCGAGGCGGAGACCAUCACCAGCCACUACUUGUUUGCGCUGGGCGUUUACCGCACGCUCUAUCUCUUCAACUGGAUCUGGCGCUACCAUUUCGAGGGCUUCUUCGACCUCAUCGCCAUCGUGGCAGGCCUGGUCCAGACAGUCCUCUACUGCGAUUUCUUCUACCUCUAUAUCACCAAAGUCCUAAAGGGGAAGAAGUUGAGUUUGCCGGCAUAGCCCCGGUCCUCUCCAUCUCUCUCCUCGGCAGCGGCGGGAGGCAGAGGAAGGCGGCAGAAGAUGAAGAACUUUCCCAUCCAGGGGUGACUUUUUUAAGAGCCCACCUCUCGCGCUCCCCAUCCCGCCUCCUGCCGGGUUUCAGGGGGACAGUGGAGGAUCCAGGUCUUGGGGAGCUCAGGACUUGGGCUGUUUGUAGUUUUUUGCCUUUUAGAGAAGAAAAAAAAAAAUCUUUCCACUCUUUAGUUUUUGAUUCUGAUGACUCGUUUUUCUUCUACUCUGUGGCCCCAAUUUUUAUAAAGUGUUUUUGAGUGUCCUGGGGGCCGGGGCAGGGUCCAAGAUCUUUUCCCUUCCCCAGGCCCCUCGGCUCCCUCCCAGAUCCCACCCCCAGCCCCACUGGUUGCCAAACACUAAAUCUGCCGACACCCAUCUGCCCCACCUCCUGCCAUGGCCAUGAACUGCAACCCCCCCUAAAUUUCUAGGUUGGGGAUAGGGAGAAAGGGAGGCCCAGGAAGGUCUCCCCUGAUUUUUUUUCAUAGUAAUUUUUUCCCCCAGAGUUUGAGUUUUUUGGUCUUCUCAUGGUUUUUUGGCAAAUUAGGGGGGCCUGGGGCUCAAGUGCAGGAAGGGGGCUGGGCCGAGGGUCCCAUGGCUCUCACACCAUGUUUUUGUACAGAACUGAUGGUUGAUCCUUUGUUCUCUUGAAAUAAACAGAAG